AAUGUAACAACUAUUUAGAAGUUGUCAUAUGUCAAAGUUUGAAAAUCAUUUCAUCAAGCUCUACUAAUUUGCUCAUAUCACGCUGAAUUAUAUUUGCCCAUGUAACCAUUUUGAGUUGUACAAUCUUUACUAGUAUAUAUAUUCUUUUAUUAAUAUAUAUAUAUAUAUAUUUUUUUUAAAAAAAAAAACUUCUUACAGCACUCCAAUAUCCAAUUUUUAUUUUUUAUUUUGAAAAAAAUGCAGUUAUUCCAGCAACCUUCAUCGAAAUCCCAUAAUUUUUCUCGUUUGAAAGGCUUAGCUAUUCUAUCAUCUUCUUUACUGGUACUAUAUUUCCUCCUUUCAUUAGUUUUCGUAAACACAAAUUAUUUAAGCACAUAUACUUCAUCCCAAUACCUGGUUUCGCCGCCGACCUCACUGGAUCACAUCGUGUUCGGAAUCGCAUCGAACAAGAGGUCGUGGGCAAAGAGGAAGGACUACAUUAAGCUAUGGUGGAAGCCAACACAGAUGAGAGGCUGCGUCUUUCUAGAAGAACGACAACAGGAUUCAGAAAACGACACCGCAUCUCUACCUCCUAUUUGCAUAUCCGGUGACACUUCCCGCUUCCGCUACACUUACCGAGGCGGUUACCGGUCGGCUAUUCGGGUGGCACGUGUGGUUUCGGAGACUGUGGCUCUGAAUCACCCGGACGUGAGGUGGUACGUGUUUGGUGACGAUGACACUGUUUUCUUCCCUGAGAAUUUGGUCAAGACUCUUUCCAAGUAUGAUCAUGGGCUUUGGUACUACAUAGGUACCAACUCUGAGAUUUAUGAACAAAAUGCCUUUUUUGGAUUUGGAAUGGCUUUUGGUGGGGCGGGUUUCGCUAUUAGUUAUCCUUUAGCUAAAGUCUUAGCUAAGGUUUUCGAUUCAUGCAUUGAGAGAUAUCCUCAUCUUUAUGGUAGUGAUGCCAGAAUCUACUCUUGCAUGACAGAGCUUGGCAUUAGGUUAACUCACGAACCCGGUUUUCAUCAGAUGGAUAUACGAGGGGAUAUAUUUGGUCUACUGGCAUCGCAUCCAGUUACUCCAUUGGUAUCCCUACACCACUUGGAUUUUACAAAUCCCAUCUUUCCAAACAUGUCGACUCCUCAAGCUCUAAACCACUUGUUAAAGGCUGCAAAUGUUGAUUCUCAGAGGAUUUUACAGCAAACGGUUUGCUACGACAGACGGUCUUCCUGGACCGUCGUAGUGUCAUGGGGUUAUGCCGUUCAAGUCUUUCCUGGCCACGUGGCACUGCCGGACGUACUCCACGUGCAGGGGACUUUUCGGCCUUGGAAAAUCAGGGGAGCCACUCUGCUUUCGGGGCUUUACAGUUUCACCACUAGAGUGCCUCACCCGGACACGUGUCGUAGACCCACCAUCUUCUUUCUCGAUGACGUGUCAACUCUACCAACUGAAACAACCACGACCACCUACCGAAAAUCUUUUGUCAAUUGCUCGUACGACGCCGCUUCACCCAGAAGAUUGAGUGGGGUCAGGGUGUUUUCGCAGAAGUUGAACCUUGAUAUCAAACAGAUGCAGGCUCCGAGAAGGCAUUGUUGUGACGUGGCACCCUCUUCAGGUGGUGAAGUAAUGGAUGUGGCUAUAAGAGAAUGCAAAGAAGAUGAGUUGAUACACAUGCAUUCUUGAACAGAGGAGGAACAAGAACAAUCUGCCUUUGAACAAUAGCUCUUUCUUUCUUUAUUUAUUGGAAGAAACACUCUCUCCUUUCUUUUUCCUUUUGGUUACAGCCAUGAGAUUUGAAAGAAAGCGCUUUAAUAAGAGCAAAUCUUUGGGUAUCCAAGUUGCAUUGGCAGGAGAAAGUUGAGUAAGAGAACAACAAAACACUUUAUUCGUUUUGUGGGUAAAACCACCGUUAAGAGAGAGAGCUAGAAAAUAAAUAUUUGAGAGGUGUUAAUUAUAAUAUUUUAUUUCUUAAUAUUUGAGUUUAAAAAUAUAUAUUCAAAUAUUUUUACUAUCUAAUUAUAGUUUCAUCAUUAUUUUUGUAAAAUUUUGAAAUUAUUAUAAUAAUUUAUAAUGUCAAAAAUAAGUUUAUA